AUGUCGGACAUGCCGACGGCGGGCUAUCUGUGUUUGCCAGAUCCCACGCUGUGCGGGGGCGAGGGUGAGGGCGAUUUUCGCUAUCAGCUGUUGUACUCGGGUCGUGUGACUCCCCCUCCUGUGCGGGGCAACAAACCCCCGGCCUCCCUCCUGGCGGCAUGCGGGGGGCUGUGGAGGGGCCCCCUGGCAGGAGGUACGGCAGGAGGAACAGGGGGAGCGCUCGGAGGAGGUGGAGGCGGCGGGGGCCCCCCUCCCCAGCUCAUCCAUUCAGCCACGCAGCGCCUACUGCCUUCCGGUAGUGUACAGCAGUUGACGGCGUCUACGACAGGUGGCAGCCAGUUAAAACUUCUUGCAGCAGCAUUCGCAUGUAUUCUUGUUUUUUAUCACUCCCUGCUCACUACCUUGUCAACCCUCUGCCUCGCAUGUGCCUUUGCCCGCCGCUUCUGCUGCCUGGCCAGGGGCAUGGAGGCACCUUGCAGCGCAUGUAAGUCCGCACCCUGGGGGCGGCCGCUGGUUCCCAUCCCCCAGCUAACCGGGCUGCUUCACACCCUCCCCUCCGCCGUCACCACAUUCGCCGUCUACCCCCGCCCCGUGAUGGCGGGGGGGGGUGGAGGGGGUGUUGUGUUGCUGGGUGCUGCCGGUGGUGUUGGAGGCGGUGUGGAGCUGUUUACCGUACAGCGGGGCCCGGUGUGGCCGGGGUCGGCCCCCACCCGCCUCCGACUACUGGACCUGCCCUUCUCUUGCGUCGAGUGGGUACAGCCGUCGCUGCCGUACACAGGACAGUCCGUACAGCCCGAUGACGUCACCACGUGGUCGUUAUCUUCGGAGCCGCCGCCGGGGCCGCCGCUGCCGCUGCCGCCGCCGACCCCGACCCCGUCGACGACGCAGUUGCCGCUAUCUAUUGGUCGCGGCGGCGGCGGCGGCGGCGGCAGCAGUAGCAGCCAGGACGGCGGCGGCGGCGGCCCGGUUUCAGGGCUAAGCGACGGCGGUGGCGGCGGUGGCGGCGGUGGCGGCGGCGGCGGCGGCGGCUGUGUGGAGGAGGCCCAACUGGUGUUUACUUUGGCGGAUGGGAGAGCAGGGGUUUUGUCGAGUCGAUAUCCUCCUGGGCAUCAGCUUCACUCGUUCACGUGUCUGGGGCUGGUUCGAAAAAUUCAAAUCGGACACGUUCCCCUGGGGCCAGCCGGCGCCGCCGCCACCGCCGCUGCCGCAAUGGCGGGACGAUCCCCCGCCUUCUCGCCGCCGCCGCCGCCGCCGCCGUCAGCAGCCGCAUUCUCCCCAGGGGCCCCCCAGACCACCUCCUCUGCUACAGCCGCUACUACAGCCACCACCCCCAUGUCACCGCCCACACCGGUUGUGGAAAGCCCCCUCCGGGCGCCUCUCCCUUCCGCUAAGAUAUUGCCGCCGCCGCAGCAGCAGCAGCAGCCCGCUGCGGUAACGGCGGCAGAGCCGCAGCAGCUAGUCGCCGUCGGCGGUACCAAGGCCCGUGUUGCCGUACUGUUUGCCAGCGGGCACUGCUGCGUGUUUGAUUUGGACUCGUCCAAUAAGCUACGGCCCGUACUUGCUACAGCCGCCGCUGGUGUACGGCCUGUGAUGGAUAUGGCGCUACUGCCGCUCUGGUGGCUGGAUCCAGGACCGCAGCUGCUGGCGGACCGGGAGCCGCUGUACGGCCAAGCCUCAGACGACCUGUACGACGCCGUACAUCCACCACCGCCGCUGCCGUCAUCAGAUGCCGCCGCUGGCCCACCCGCAACGGCCGCUCUCCGGAUUCCAGCUCAGGCUCGCCCAGGUGGCGGCGGCGGUGGCGGCGGCGGCGGCGGUACGACAGCGGUGAAAGGCGGAGGCCCCGCCCCUACAGCCCCUGCCGGCGGCGGUGGUGAUGGCAGUACGUCAGUGUUAACUAUCCAGGCCUUAUCCAACAGCCUUAGCAGUGCCGCCGCCGCCCUGUCCGGCAAUGCGCUAUUGAGGGCGGUGUCGAACUCACUGGCGGCGGCGGCGGCGGCGGCCACCCUCGGGGGCGGAGCCGUUGGCGGGGCCGCCGCCACGGACGUGCAUGCAGCUUCAGCAGCAGCAACGGCCGCCGCUGCCAGUGCAGACGGUCACCGAGGUCGUUUGCUGCACCCUGACGAGUGGCUGAGCUACAGCCGCUCCCUCCUCCCGGGUUGUAGCCCCGCGGAUCGAAUGGCUGUAGCUGCCCAGGUGGCGGCGGCGAGUGAGGAGGCGGCCUUCUGGAGCCACCUGCCGGCCACCUUGGCGGCCGUGAGGGGGCGGGAGACGCAAGAUAUGGGCGAGGGGUCCGAGGGCACGAGGGGGGUUACUGGCGGGGCUGCCGCGGGGAUGCCACCCGCCGCCGCCACCACUGCCGUACCGCCGGCCGGGAACCGGCGGGGGUUGGGUGGGGGCUCGACAUCCGCUGCGCCUGCUCCUACCGGUAGCAGCUGUAGCAGCAAUGCCGUACUGCUGUGGGACGAGCGACUGGUAAUGGCGGAGGCGCAGGAGCGCAUCAAGUGGCGUGAGGCGCACAGCGGUGCCGUACUGGACAUGGGCCAAGAACAUCAGGUUGCCCCUAGUGAGCGGUCUACACUGCCUCGCAAGCUAGAGCGGCGGUUACUGGAGUACACGGCGGUGGGGGACCUCCACACCGCGGUGGCCUUCCUGCUGGCGUCAGCACCGGAAAACUCGGCCAGUGGGGGUGGGGGAGGUGGCGGUUGCCAGUUACUGGCGCAAAGUGUGAAGGUGAUCUCCGCCCACGCUGCGGCCAGCAUUGGAGAUGUGCUGCUGGGGGUGCCCUUGCACCUGGCGGCGGGAUUACGUGAUGAAGCGGUCUUGGUGCUGCAGCCACGUACGGCUUUCGCUGAUGCGGCAGCGGCGGAAGCUAUUGUCGCCUCCGCCACCCCCGCCGCCGCCGGCGGUGGAGCAGCAGCAGCAGCAGGCGGUGGUACCUUUGACGGCGGCGGCGGCUUGUGGCCUUUUGAUUCAAUUGGUAGCGGCGGCAGCGGCAGCUGGUUAGGUGGCGCUGGGCCGACGGCGACUGCCGCCGCCGCCGCCGCGGCGCCGUAUAGUCCACCAGAUAGCCGGCGGUUAGGUUCAGCGGAUGUUCUGUGUACGGCAGCGGUGGAGUUUGAGCGAUUUGUGUGCGACUUGCUGACGGCCUUGCUGUGA